CAUCGAAUAUAUUCAUUGAUUUGACGAGCAAAUUCAAUAAACCGAUUGAAAUCAAUCCUCCAUAUCCACAGGCUACUGAGUUAAGGACAUGGAACAAAUAUUUAAUAUAGAGGCUGAAUUGUGUCUUGCAAGUAAGGAUCAACUCUUUAGUUUGUUAGCAUGCUCAAAUUGUAAGCAAUUAUUCACAAGAUAUAAUGUGCGAAGGGAAAUCUACUGCACAAGUUGUCACCGAUCCACACAUCUUAUUCUUAGGUGUCAAUUUGAAGUUACUGUUAAGGACAAUAACGGUUUUGCAAUAACUAUUGUUUCAAAUGAAAUUGCAGAGAAAAUGUUGCACCUCACUUCCGAAGAAAUUUAUGAAACUUGCUUCGAUAAGAAAGGAACAUCAUCGCUGCAAAAUGUGGAAGAUCAACUGAAUGGAAAGAUAUUCAACAUUCAUAUGAAAAGGCUAUUCACAAAAAAAUUGGAUGCAAAAUUAUCCAUUUUGUCUUACCUGGAGAAAGAAGAUAUCGUUCAUAACCAAUGACAUCUACUUCAGUCAAUGUUACAGAAGGAAAAAAACGCACAAUUGAACAUAUUAAUUCAAGGGAAAAAGAAUAUCCAAGCAUCGCAAAUAAAUUUAAUCCUCCCAUGAAAAAAAAUUAAAAGGUAUAUAAAUUAUUUUUUACAUUGUUUAAAACUUUAUCUUUACAAUUGACUAAUAGUAAUAGGAUUUACUUAUCUUUGUAUUUAUUUUCUUUGAAUUCAA